AAAAGCAACUGGAUGCGCAAUGAAUAAAAAGAGCAUCUCAUUGCAUCGGGGAACUCAUUCAUUCUUCAUUGUGCUUCUCUUUCAAUUCCCAAUCCUUUCCAUUGUCUUGUCGCUGUUGUCGCUCUUUAUAAGAAACAAUAAUGCCAGCAGAACAUCCUUUAAUCACACCAGACAGUAAACCUACAGUGCUGAUUGUGGGAGCCGGUAUUGCUGGACUCACAUUGGCCAAUCUACUUGAGAAGGCUGGUGUUCCAUAUGAGAUCUUUGACCGCGCAACUGAAAUCAAACCAUUGGGAUCCGCAUUAUCGCUCAUAGCGAACGUAGCACCAUUAUUUCAACAAAUUGGUAUUUAUGAUGAGUUGGUCAGCCUUGGGAAACUCUGCUAUUCAAUUGACCAAUAUACUGAGGACCGUAAAUUUGAUUAUUCGUUGGAUUUCAAGGCGGCUACCAAGAUAGGAGGAUACCCAGGGUAUAUCAUCUCUCGUUCGGUUUUUUAUGACUUAUUGCUUCGACAGAUUCCGUCAAACAAAAUCUUUUUAGGGAAGCGGGUCCUGGCCAUAAAGCAGAGUCUGCAAAAUGGUGUCCAAAUCCAAUUCUCGGAUAAAACAAUUGCAGAAGGUGAUAUUCUUGUUGGAGCUGAUGGUGCUUAUAGUGCUGUCCGACAAAGCCUCUAUGACUCAUUAAAGAGCGAAGGACAAUUACCAGCUUCUGAUGAUGGAGCUUUACCGUUCACUUGUGUUUGUCUUGUGGGACAGACCAAACCAAUGGAUACUGAAAAAUUUCCGGAGUUAACCGAUCCAAUCUGUCAUUUCAGGUCGGUUAUUGCGGAUAACAAACCGUACUCUUGGGCGACUUUGACAGUGAAAGACAAUGUUUAUUGUUGGGGUGUGACGCAGUAUCUCGACAGUGAAAGCUCCAAGAGCCAUGAUAGUUUCCGAAAUUCAGAAUGGGGUCCUGAAGCUGCAAUUGCAAUGUGCCAAGAGGUCCGAGACUUUCCAGUUCCUGGCGGUAAGAAUAAUGAUAUGACCAUUGGAGAUCUCAUUGACAACACGCCGCUGAUUUCCAAGGUCAUGCUGGAGGAGAAAGUGUUUGAUACAUGGUAUGCGGGAAGGACGGUCUUGAUCGGAGAUGCUUGUCAUAAGAUCCACCCAGCUAGUGGUGCUGGUGCUAUGAAUGCAAUGCAGGAUGCGGUGGCAUUGGCAAAUUGGAUUAGUGUGCUAGAUUCAACAGCGAUCGACGAAAUGACAAAAGCCUUCAAAGAGUAUAAAGCAGAGCGUUACCCAGUUGCCAAGGCUAGUUUUGCACAAGGACGGAUGCUAUCUAGAGUAACAGAGAAGGACCUCAAGGCAAGGAUUACUCGUUAUAUUACUAAAAAUAUGCCAACCUGGCUUGGGAACAUUUUGACUAAGCGCAUGUUGGAGUCACGUCCUCAAGUGUCGUUCUUGCCUCUGAUAAAAGAUAAAGGGGCUGCGCCACCCAAGUAUCAGCCUAGUCUUCAUAAAACAUUGGCGAUCAGGAAGGCAAGAGAAUCUGCGAAAGCAAGACAAGCAACCGCAGCUAUAGCGGUUUAAUAGGGGGGAUAUUAGAGUGAAAUAAAUAAAGAGAGCAUAAUCUAGACUAAGGUGAUUAAGAAUAAAGGAAUGAGAAGUGG